GUAUUAUCGCUCGCCUUGUUAUGGUGAGUGACCGGCCUCUUAAUGAUCUAGGCUGCAGCGUUAGCGAUCUAUAGGACAAGAAUCUAGUGUCCCUUGCUUCUAGAUUCCAUGUCUAGCAGGUAUAAAGUAGACUAUCGGUAUUGUGAUCUCAUCUGUUAUUCCUUCUCAUCUACUUUCUAAUCUAUUCUCUUCUGCCGCUGUGCAAAUAUGGCGGAAGUUUAUGAUACUACUCGAUUUGGCCAACUUUAUUAUGCAUCACGGCAGCCUCGCUCUAAUCAUUUGUUCCUAGCAGCAUACCAUUUAGCUGAAAUCUGCCAGAAUGCUGGCAUACAGUACGCGUUUCUGGGAGGGUGGACCGUUCAACUACGGGGUGGCUCCCGCGAGACACAAGAUGUUGAUAUUUCUGUAAAAACAACCAUGGAGCUGUUUAAGAAGACUUUGCUCAAGAUGCCGCGGAUCUGUUUCCCUCAAAUUCAUGGUCAAACAGCUGUGAAUUUGUUCGUUCAUACUGGGAAGUCUUACGAUCAGGGUUAUGACGACCUUCCAGAUCUUGCCGUGCAAGUGGAUGUAAUCAUAAGUGGAAACUUGAACAGUCCUACGGACAUCAACAGUUCCACCUCAGAAACAAUCAUUCUCCCGAACGGUUUCAAUGCUAGGGUGAUUAACAUAUUCUUUCUUUUGCGAGGGAAAUUCAAUGCAUUCGUCACACGCGGACACACGAGUACAAACGAUUACGAAGACUUGGUCUUUCUUAUUACUAGGUAUCCAAUGGUGAUACCUCAGUACAGCAGUUAUAUUGACAAAGAAUAUCGACUGAAGUUUCUAGAGAAGUUCACAGCAUCCAACGCGGGAAAUGAAGGCCUUCUCAGGUUGAUGAAACAGAGACUUGGACUAGUAGAGGGAAAUAACAAAGGAACGAAUGAAGGAAAAGAAAAAGCAGAAGAAGAGGAAGUAGAGGAGGAGGAGAAGAAGAAGGAAGAGGAAAAUCUCAAUUGGAUCUGGGACGCAACACAUGGGCAGUACAGGAGAUUGAUCGAAGGCAAAUGGCAGUGGGCUCCUGUCCAGCAGAAAUCUUCUCAACCGGAAGCAUAUAGCACUGACUGGGCUUGGGAUGAUACACAUGGCCUAUUCAAGAGAUUUGUUGGAGGCGAAUGGCAGUGGGCUCCUGUCCAGCAGCAAUCUUCUCAACCGGAAGCAUCUAGCAUUGGCUGGGCUUGGGAUGAUACACAUGGUCUAUUCAAGAGAUUUGUUGGAGGCGAAUGGCAGUGGGCUUCUUCGUUGCAUUGA